AUGUUUAUGAAGUCUCUUGAUUGUCAAAGUGCUGAAUCCCUUCUUUCUCGGAGGCGAGAGUAUCACCAUGGAUCACGAAGCCAGGCUGAUGGGAGUGUAAAUAUUAUCCAUUUCUCGUGCGCCACGGUCUUCCAUGAGAUGAUACCCGGCCAUCACUUGCAACUGCGCAUGAUUGCGAGGUGCAGACCUUACUACCGUUUGUCCGAUACUCUGUCCUGGAUUGAAGGGGCCUUGCACUGGGGGUUUAUUAUCUUAUGGAAAGACGAUCGGGUUGAAAACACCCCUCAAAAUCGGAUUGGAACGUUACUCUGGCGGCUAUAUCGAUGCGCCCGGAUCAUAUUCCCUAGAAUAUCUCACGUCGGUCAAAUGAGUCCCCAUGAAUACAUCGAUCUGUUUGCCGAUGAAGUUGGACACGAACGUGGCAUUGCAGAAGGAGAGCUAGGUAUAGAUUCGGCGCGCUAUACAUUUAUGCGAUAUGAAAAGAUAUUUUCGAGACUGGCCAAAUUGCCGAGAAGGACUUCUAUGACCGAUUUGGAAGGUGAAUUGUGUGCCGGUCAAGUUGAUAUGAGCCUCGGUAACGGACUAGCUGCUGUCCCAUGGAUACAAGCCACCCAGGGGAUUUGA